ACAACAUUUUCAAUCUCCUUUGUUUACUCAUUUUUAGAGUUUUAUGGUGCCCAGCAAUUAUUGAGAUGUUUGCUUUCUUUUUCUGCUAGUUUCUAAAAGAGACUCAACUAUCAAGCUUCUGCAGGCUUUCUUCAUCAGAUAUCAUGGAGACACAGUUUGCAAUCAAGAAAGAUGCCACUGAAUUAAUAGGGAAUACUCCAUUGGUAUAUCUUAACAAUAUUACUGAAGGCUGUGUUGCUCGAAUCGCUGCUAAGCUAGAAUACUUGCAAUCCUGCUGCAGUGUUAAAGAUAGAAUAUCAUUAAGCAUGAUUGAAGAUGCUGAAAACAAAGGCCUCAUUACACCUGGAAAGACUGUCCUUGUUGAGCCUACAAGUGGUAACACCGGCAUAGGAUUGGCGUCUAUAGCAGCGCUGAGAGGCUAUAAGCUUUUAGUGACUAUGCCAUCUUAUGUGAGUCUUGAGAGAAAAAUUAUACUGCUAGCUUUUGGAGCUGAGGUGUAUUUGACAGAUCCUGCCAAAGGAAUUGAUGGUGUUUUUGAGAAAGCGGAAGAGCUAUUAGCGAAGACGCCUAAUAGUUAUAAGCUCAAUCAAUUUGAAAACCCUGCCAAUGCAAAGAUUCAUUAUGAGACAACUGGCCCUGAGAUUUGGAGAGACUCUGGAGGGAAAAUUGAUGCUUUGGUUGCAGGGAUAGGAACCGGGGGAACUGUAACAGGUACAGGGAAGUUCCUCAAGGAGAAAAACUCAGAAAUCAAGGUGUAUGGUGUGGAACCAGCUGAAAGUGCGGUUCUGAAUGGAGGAAAGCCAGGCAAACAUCUAAUCCAAGGGCUCGGUGCCGGUAUCGUUCCCCCUAUUCUGGAAUUUGAUUUUCUAGAUGAAGUUAUUCAGGUUUCAAGUGAAGAUGCUAUAGAAACUGCUAAGUUGCUUGCUUUGAAAGAAGGUUUACUGAUGGGAAUUUCAUCCGGUGCUGCUGCUGCAGCUGCAAUAAAACUAGGAAAGAGACCAGAAAAUGCAGGAAAGCUUAUCGUUGCGAUUUUUCCCAGUUUUGGAGAACGUUAUCUGUCUUCAGCACUUUUCGAAUCAAUCCGGCAUGAAGCUGAACAAAUGACAUUUGAUUGAAAUGCAUAAAUUGCUUAAUUAAAAAGUCAUUCACAUUCAAACUCUACUGUCACAAGCUGUGGUUUAUAAUAAUUUGAACAGCAUUUGAAUAAUGGCGUUUGGAUAGCACUUCAAUAAGUGUCCACAAGACAUGACUUAUUAACA